CUCUCAACUAAAGCACUAAAAUUUGUGCUCUUCUGACUAUUCUAACUACUCCUCCAGCUCCAGCUCCAGGUUCUUUCAUCUUCAUCAUCAGAGGAGGUGCUGGGCUUCAACAUUGGCUGCACAGGAAGAGUUUUCCGGCGAGGAAUGUGGCUUCGAUGGGGCGACCCCGCCAGGGGUCGUCUGUUGCUAGUGGCAUUGGCCAUUUUGGCUGUUUCAGUGGUGGUCUCAGCAGACCCUUAUUCUUCACCCCCACCUCCUCCUUAUGAGUACAAGUCACCUCCUCCACCUUCACCUUCUCCACCACCACCUUAUGAGUACAAGUCUCCUCCACCACCAUCACCUUCUCCACCACCACCAUAUGAGUACAAGUCUCCGCCACCACCCUCCCCUUCACCACCUCCACCAACAUAUGAGUACAAGUCUCCACCACCACCCUCUCCUUCACCUCCACCAUAUGAAUACAAGUCUCCUCCCCCACCACCAUAUGAAUAUAAGUCUCCUCCCCCACCACCAUAUGAGUACAAGUCUCCACCACCACCCUCUCCUUCACCUCCACCAUAUGAAUACAAGUCUCCUCCCCCACCACCAUAUGAGUAUAAGUCUCCACCACCGCCCUCUCCUUCACCUGCACCAUAUGAAUACAAGUCUCCUCCACCACCACCAAUGAAGCCUCCACAUCCACCAUACUACUACACUUCUCCUCCACCACCAGUUAAGUCACCACAUCCACCAUACUACUACACUUCUCCUCCACCACCACCAAUGAAGCCUCCACAUCCACCAUACUACUAUAAUUCUCCACCACCACCAGUGAAGCCUCCACAUCCACCAUACUACUACACUUCUCCUCCACCACCAGUUAAGUCACCACAUCCACCAUACUACUACACUUCUCCUCCACCACCACCAAUGAAGCCUCCACAUCCACCAUACUACUAUAAUUCUCCACCACCACCAGUGAAGCCUCCACAUCCACCAUACUACUACACUUCUCCUCCACCGCCACCAAUGAAGCCUCCACAUCCACCGUACUACUACAAUUCUCCACCACCGCCAAUGAAGCCUCCACAUCCACCAUACUACUACAAUUCUCCACCACCGCCAAUGAAGCCUCCACAUCCACCAUACUACUACACUUCUCCACCGCCGCCAAUGAAGCCUCCACAUCCACCAUACUACUACACUUCUCCACCACCACCAGUUCCUUACCACCCCCACCCUCACCACCCCAUGCUCGUUAAGGUAGUUGGAAAAGUUUACUGCUACAGAUGCUACGACUGGGACUACCCAAAGAAAUCCCAUGACAAGAAACAUCUCAAAGGAGCUGUAGUAGAGGUUACGUGCAAGGUUGGUGACAAGAAGAUUGUGGCAUAUGGAAAAACUAAGAUUAAUGGAAAGUACAGCGUCACACUUGAAGGGUUUGAUUAUGGCAAAUAUGGAGCUAAGGCAUGCAUGGCUAAGCUGCACAUGGCGCCAAAGGAUUCCAAAUGCAACAUUCCAACCAAUCUCCACUGGGGCAAAACGGGUGCUGAACUCAGAGUCAAGUCCAAGACUGACUAUGAAGUCGUGCUCUACGCAAAACCAUUUGCUUAUGCUCCCAAGACUCCUUAUGAGGAAUGUGAGAAGCCCAAGCCAACUCCUGCUCCUUACCACUACAUAUCUCCUCCGCCACCAACUUAUGUCUAUAAAUCACCACCACCUCCACCACCAACUUACCUAUACAAGUCACCGCCACCACCGGUGAAACCUCCACCAAAGCCGUAUUAUUACGUCUCCCCACCACCACCAACUUAUGUCUAUAAAUCACCACCACCUCCACCACCAACUUACCUAUACAAGUCACCGCCACCACCAGUGAAACCUCCACCAAAGCCGUAUUAUUACGUCUCCCCACCACCACCGGAAAAAUCCCCACCACCACCUUAUCACUACAUCUCCCCACCACCACCGGAGAAAUCUCCACCACCACCUUAUCAUUACGUCUCUCCACCACCACCAUCUCCAUCCCCUCAUCCCUACUACUACAAAUCUCCCCCACCACCAUCUCCAUCCCCUCAUCCCUACUACUACAAAUCUCCCCCACCACCAUCUCCAUCACCACUCCCUCCUUACUACUACAAGUCCCCACCACCACCAUCGCCAUCUCCUCCACCACCUUACUACUACAAGUCCCCACCACCGCCGGAGAAAUCACCCCCACCACCCUAUGUCUACACAUCCCCUCCUCCCCCUUCACCAUCUCCACCUCCUCCAUACCACUACAUCUCACCUCCCCCACCCGAAAAAUCACCUCCUCCACCAGUCUACACUUAUGCUUCUCCCCCACCCCCAACUCACUACUGAGGUCCAACAGCUCCGCCACUUUCCACGUUCAAGAAAAUUUCCAUUUGAACCAAAGAAUAAAGGAAGGCUUCUUGAGAAGAAGAUACAGACGUCAAUCCUUGAAGGACAUUACAUUCCUCAAUAAGGUCUUCAUCAUGAAAUGCAUAGGCACAAAACUUUCAGACAUGGACCAGUUUGCUUCUACUUCUCUGGUGGCCCUCUUACACAUAAUCAUCAUCCUAGCGCCUUCAAAGUGGAAAAGUGGCUAGCCUCAAAUGUUUAUUUAUUUGGACAUAGUGAGAUUAGUCAGUGAGAAUGGAGGGGGUUUUAGUGUUGUUCAUUAUAAUUUAUUACUUGUAUAGAGGAUGCAUGGCCUUCUUGUGAGAUUGAUAUUUAUAUUUAUUACUCGGGUGUUUCUUUGAUUUUCUUGUGUACUGUGCACUCAACAAUUGUUAGUAAUAAAAGAAUUGAUAUUUAUAUUUAUUA